GCUCUGGUGCAGCUUCUCGUUCCCACAGCAGAGGAAUAAACACAGCAACAGGUUGGAGUCGUGGAAGUUUCUGCACACUGAUCUGAUUUUAUUCUUUGCAAAGGUUUACAAAAGUCAGAAGGUCUGAUUGAUGUAAAAAAAAAAAAAAACUCAGAGGCUCAGAUAAGCAUCGCAAAUGUAGUUUUUUUAAGACUUGCAUGCGCAUUUGCAAGUUUAGUUUGCUUUGACUUGGAUGCUUUGAAGGGACUCACCCUCCAGAUAAAUCAGUGACCAAAAAGACAAAAGAAUCAGAACUUCAUCACAGACUAUACAACCUGCCACAGAGGAUUAUUUCGCGCUCUUCAGGAUGUUUUCCACGACUCUCCUCCUGGCGACGCUCGGCGUUUACGCGCACUUGGACACUUUUACGCACGGCUGCCAGCUGCCCUCGGAGUGGCGGCCGCUGAGCGAGGGCUGCCGGGCGGAACUGGCGGAGAUCAUCGUGUACGCCCGGGUCCUGGCGAUCCACCGGGAGCCGCUGGGAGCUGGGGCGGGCAGCCUGUAUAACUCUCUGCCCUUUGGGUUCGGGUACGGGUACGAGGGCGCAGAGGAAGGGCUGCUGUACUCGGCAGAAGUGGAGCUGCUGUGUGACCAAGCCUGGGGCAGCAUGUUGGAGGUGCCCACUGGUUCCAGACUCAACCUGACCGGGCUGGGCUACCUGUCCUGUCAGUCCCACACCGUGAUGGAGAACUACUCCUACUUCUUUUUCCUCAGGAUGGAUGAGAACUACAACAUCCUGCCUCAUGGCGUCAACUUCCAGGAUGCCAUCUUCCCCGACACGUCAGAGAACAGACGCACAUUCUCCAGCCUCUUCCAAUUCUCCAACUGCACCCAAGGGAGCCAACCGUUCCACACGUUCAGCCCCGAGUGGGACACCCAGGAGGACAGCAGGCUGCUGUGCUCCUCGGUGCAGGCGGCGCUGUUCGAGGAGGAGGAACAAGGCCGGAAGCUGCAGGAGCGUCUGGCCGCGGCCGAGAGGAGGAACCGGCAGCUGAAGGAGCGCGUUCGCAAAGUGAAGCGCUCCCUGAGGAACGCCAGAAAGGCAACACGCAAGGCCGAGCAGGAGGCCCAGGAGCUGCAGGAGAAGCUGAAGGCUGCAGAGAGGAGGGCAGGGCAUCACCUCAACGCCAUAACGCAGGAGGAACCCCCACGGGGGCGCUACACGAGUGCAGCAAUACGCCAGAGGAUGCAACUUUAACUCACCUGCUGGAAACUACAGCGCCCACCUGGACUGAAAACUGGCUGUGGAGAUGGAGAGACUGCUGGGCGGUCUCUAUGCAAAGGACAAACAAAUGUUACACACAAGUACACACACUUUUAAGUAAUAACCUACUUAGUUUUCAUGUAAAUAAACCACAAUCUCUCUCUUGUAUCCAUAAUGGUUAUAAUACACUGAGGGUGAGGUGAUUCCUGGUCAACUGACAGAAGAACAGCAGUUUCCUGACAGGAAACGUUUAUUUUCUGAUUGAUUUCUCUUGCGGGCCUUUAUGACUGGAUUCAGAACUUGUUCAGCUCCUGUCUGGCCGUGAUCACAUGCGAUGUGUUUGUCUGCUCUGACACUGAGCAGGACUUACAGCAGCAACAGGGGCUUACUGGAGUACAAAGUGCAAAUCAUUCAGCUUCCAAUUCAACUGUUAAUCCUUUAAAGCAAAAACUAGCAAGAUAACAAGAAGAAAGAAUUUGGUUGAAGGAAGCAUUAUACCCAUGCCUGUAGUUAAUGAUCAAAUGUCAAGAUAUAUCAUCUCUAUUUUUAAAAAAAUAUGGCAAAGUGGAGCUAGCUUUUGUAGCCUACAGACGCUGGCAAAUAAAGAAGAAGGAAAAAGGACAGUUUUAAGUGGAAUAAUCAUUUAAAGUUUUAACUUGUUAGAAAUGACUGGGUGAAAUAAAGCUUUAAAACUAUCAGUAAAUGGACAGAAAGUAGUAUGUUGCGUGGAAUAAACCUGAAAAACUGAAACUGCAGCCUCCACUACUGCAGACACAAGAUAUUGUUCCUCCGCCAAGGAAUGCAGUGGAGUUAUGUGACGAUCAGCGUUUGUUUGUCUGUCUGUCUGUUAGCAACAUUACUCAAAAAUAGACAAACAAAUUUUGAUGAAAUUUUCAGGGAAGGUCAGAAAUGACACAAGGACCAAGUGAUUAGAUUUUGGCAGUGAUGCAGUUUAUAGUCUGGAUCCAUGGAUUUGUUAAAGAUUUCUUUAUCAUUGAGCGAUAGCAGCACGGCGUCACUGUAACUAUGACAACAAGUGAACACUACAUCAGCUGCCUGCUGAUGAUCACAUGAUUGUGAUCCUACUACAAAUCCACCGCUGUGGACUUAUCAGGACUUAUCCAUCAGAAAUGAUACAAGGAACAAUUGAUUAAAUUGUGGGGGUGUUUCUGAGUCCCAUCAAUUCCCGCUGCCUGCUACAUAUUUAGGUCAUGUGAUUCGGUAUCCAUACAUAACGUACACAUGUAUAACACAAUCCUGUGCUCAGUGCAAGGUCAUUUUGUUUGUGGGUACAUCUAUAUUAAAUGGACACAAUCUAUGUUGCCGUGAUUUAUGAUCAUUAAUAACUGAUAAUCAAAUGCUGCAUUUCUACAAAAAAAUGCUGCAUUCUGACAAUACCAUAUGGGGGAAUGAACAGCCUUGGCGGAGUACUGCACUGUCUGAGUACUUUUCUUGUCUGUGAAUGUGACGACACCAAGCAUAUGGUAGCAACCUGUCAGUCACAAGCCACGUCCUAACACAUGCCCUGCUUUAUCAGCUAUUUUCAUCUAAUUGUGACCAGAGUUUGCAAAGUAAACAUCUUGCGGUAUUGAAAUAGAUUUGAAACCAGCGAUCGAGGCCGUAAACUGUUAUGGAAAAUGCUUACUGAGGCAAUAAAUCUGAGAAGUAGGGCCAUGUUUUUUCAUAGACUUCGAUACAACCUAACUUCUUUAUGCAACCAGAGGAGUCGCCCCCUGCUGGAUGUUUGAAAGAAUGCAUGUUUAAGGCAUUUCUGCUUUGGGUUCACUUUUUAGCCCUGGAGGCCACAUCCAUCUUUUAUAUACAGUCUAUGUCAUUGGCAGAUCCGAAUGACAAACAAUGUUAAGAUUCUUUUGGAGUCAUGUUUCUGGUCACCUGCUGAGUAUAACUGAAAAACAAGGCUCUUUCAUAAAUAAAUUCUGCUCGAUGUUUAUCUGCUAGUUACAAACUUUCCACGCUGUCUGUUGCUGUAAAGCUAUGCAAACAGUAUAUUUUCUGAGCUUUGUACCGCCUGCUGCUUUUGCAAGCAAUAUUGGUGAUGGGAGCUGUAAGACUGAACUGAAACAUUAAACUGAAACAUUAGCAGACGCUUUUAUCCAAAGUGACGUGCAUCUGAGAGUAGAUAUAACACAGCAAGGAUCUAGUCAGGAGAAAACAACCUGGAUAAGAGCCAUAAAACAAGUUCAAGUGUGAUAAUAGGACCAUGGCGUCCACAGGCAGUGCAGACGUAGACUACAGACUACAUGUUCAUCGUUGUCUUUCACAAUAUAUGUUGCCAUUUGAUCCAGAAUUAAUACAUUGAUCAGAGCAGCUUUAAAAAAAAUGGCAGUCUUUUAGUUUAGUCUUUUAGUUUCUGCAACUUUCGCCACCACAUAACAAUAACCAAGCAGCUGAACUUAGAAAAGACACAUUCAAAAACAUGUGAUCACGGCCGAGUGGAUCGAUGAUGAGAGUUCAAAGGUUUGUGUGACUGAGAAGUCUGGGAUGUUUGAGAUGGUUCAUUUAUCACUGAUUCAAAGUAUUUUAAUGUCUGGAGCAUCAGCUUGUAUGUGAAUAUUUUUAUAGGAAUGUUUCUCUGCAUAUAAAAUUUGAUUUGGAUGAA